AUGUUCCCAACUAAUUCAAAUUUGAUAUCUAUCUAUCUAUCUAUCUAUCUAUCUAUCUAUCUCAGUCCUUUUCAUAUGUAUCUAUCUCAGUCUUUUUCAUAUCUAUCUAUCUAUCUAUCUAUCUAUCUAUCUAUCUAUCUAUCUAUCUAUCUAUCUAUUCACAUGAAAUGCCUUUUUCAUUCUAAUUUAAUAUACGGAGCACCUUAUAACGUUUCUGCACAUUCUUCUUCUUCUUUUUUCCCUCCUCCCCCUCCUCCUUUUUUUUUUUUGCUACAUUCUUCUUCUUCUUCUUCUUCCUUCCUCAUCCUCCUCCCCCUCCUCCAUCCUCCUUCCUCCCAAAUUUCCUUCCUCCUCUUCUUUUCUUCUCUUCCUCCAUCCUCUUCCUCCUCCUUCCUUCUUUUUCUUCCCUCCCUCCUCUUCCUCAUCCUCCUCCUCUUCCUCAUUUUCCUCCUCUUUCCAUCCUCUUCUUCCUCCCAAAUGAAAUUUCUUCUUCUUCUUCUUCUUCUUCUUCUUCUUCUUCCCUCCCUCCCCCUCCUCCUCCUCCUCCUCCUCCUCCUCCUUUUUCUUCUCCCUCCAUCCUCUUCCUCCUCCUUCCCUUCUUCUUCUUCCCUCCCUCCUCUUCCUCAUCCUCCUCCUCCUUUUUCUUCUCUCUCCAUCCUCUUCUUCCUCCCAAAUUUCUUCUUCUUCUUCUUCUUCUUCUUCUUCUUCUUCUUCUUCUAG